CCUUCGAACGAUUUCGCACCGGAUGUCCAUCGAGCCUCGUCGACGUACCCGCCGCAGCACGUUCGUUCAAACGUUCCCACGUCUCCGUCCGAAAGAAUCGAGAAUGUGAUCGUUCGUCGCGCGGCUGUUUCCCACAGGCUUCGGGCACAGAGAGCAACAACGUCGGAUCAGGGAUUGAAAAGAGCAGCAAUGUCUCUGACACCGAAAUUAUUGUUGACGUGCGCCGCGUUGAUCGUUCUACCCGCGGAAGUCGCGCCGGUCGAACGUUUCCCCAGCGAUCAUCGCGGCUACACGAGCCACAGACUCCUUUGGCCGCUUUGGUACCACGAGAAAUUCACUCGUACGCGACACGACCGUGACGGCAGGGACUCCCAGCAGAACGCCGCGAAUAGUUGGCCGCGCCAGGACACCUUCGCGGAGAGACCUGUUCCGACGGCGUCGUCGACGACAGACGCGCCGAGGCGUCACGUGGAGCAGCGUGUGCACGAGCAACGAUCCGGCCCGCCGAAACAAGAGAAAUUCAACGCGGUCGCGGCGGUGAAUUACGUCGGUACCAGAACGGUCGCUUAUCAUGGCAAUCAUCGUCACCAGCCGAGGGAGGCUGUCACGCAGAAGUAUCAACAAAUCGCCACGACACCGUCAACUUAUGGCAAGCACAAUCUCGGGAGACGAGUUUGUACCAGUUCGGUUCCUAGUUCCUCCGUUCAUCAUCGCCAAAGUCGGCAACUUAGGUACUAUAAUUAUUUUCAUAUUCAAACCGACGCGGCCUCCGGUAUCAUAUGCUGUCCAGGAUGGACACAGGCAACACAGUUGAGUUUUGGGUGUAAUAAACCUAUCUGCCCAGCUUCCUGUUUAAAUGGGGGAAUAUGUACUUCGCCCGGCAGAUGCACAUGUCCCAAAGGAUUUACUGGCAACCAGUGCCAGACAGAUAUCGACGAGUGCGUGACUGAGAAGCCUUGCGAUCAACUCUGCAGAAACCUACCUGGGAGCUACGAGUGCCACUGCAGACCCGGUUUCCAACUACAGAAAGAUGGCCAAUCCUGCCGAAAGAACGACACUGAUGACAUCGCGUUUGAAGCCCGGGACCUAGAGGAUGAUUUUCAUCAAAUAACGACGACAAAGCGCCCGGUGACUUCACCGCACGAUACGGAGAACGAGGUGGCUGACGGUGACCUCGAUCAGGACUAUGAGAUAAUUCUCAAAAGGCUCACAAAACUUGAAAAGUUGUUCGCAAAAGGAAAAAAGAAAGAUACCGAUACCACUGAAAUGAGUGCCAAAGUUGCGUCUGUAAUGGAGAAUAUUAAUGAGAUGAAAAGAACCGUAGAAAAUGUGCAACUGAUGCAACAGGAAAUAUAUGAAAUGAGGAGCAAAUUACGAGAAUAUGAAUUGGAAACAAGAAAAAUGCAACACUUGACAAAUCGUGUAAUAGAACUGGAAAAUCGUUUAAGAUUACGUUGUAGAAACACAAUGCCAAUAAAUAGUGGCGCAUUACAUUUUUAGUAAUUUGUACUGAACAUGUAUAUCAAAAAUAUUGGGAAUUGCCCACAGAUUUAAUAUUUAUGUAAGAAAAUUUAUAUGAAAAUAACACUGUCACUGCCAUUUCUGUAGCUUUUAUAACGUUGUAUUAAAUUUAUUACACAACUGUGAUUUAAAUAACUUCCCUAAUUAUUUGUAUCCAGCUUUGUAAUAAAACAACAAGAUUUGGAUAAUUUUUAAUCACAUAU